AUGGCUAUCAAGGUCGGUAUCAACGGUUUUGGCCGUAUCGGCCGUAUCGUUUUCCGCAACGCUGUCGAGCAUCCCGAUGUCGAGAUCGUUGCUGUCAACGACCCCUUUAUUGAGCCCAAGUACGCUGAGUACAUGCUCAAGUAUGACUCGACCCACGGCGUCUUCAACGGCACCAUUGCCGUCGACGGCAGUGACCUCGUUGUCAACGGCAAGAAGGUCAAGUUCUACACUGAGCGCGACCCCGCUGCCAUCCCCUGGAAGGAGACUGGCGCCGAGUACAUUGUUGAGUCGACCGGUGUGUUCACCACCACCGAGAAGGCCAGCGCCCAUCUUAAGGGUGGCGCCAAGCGCGUCAUCAUCUCGGCCCCCUCGGCCGAUGCCCCCAUGUACGUGAUGGGUGUCAACGAGAAGACCUACGACGGCAAGGCCUCGGUCAUCUCCAACGCCUCGUGCACCACCAACUGUCUCGCUCCUCUCGCCAAGGUCAUCAACGACAAGUUCGGUAUUGUCGAGGGUCUCAUGACCACCGUCCACUCGUACACCGCCACCCAGAAGACCGUCGAUGGUCCCUCCGGCAAGGACUGGCGCGGUGGCCGUGGCGCUGCCCAGAACAUCAUCCCCAGCAGCACCGGUGCCGCCAAGGCCGUCGGCAAGGUCAUCCCUGAGCUUAACGGCAAGCUCACCGGCAUGUCCUUCCGUGUCCCCACCUCUAACGUCUCCGUCGUCGACCUUACUGCCCGCCUUCGUGACGAGGCGACCUACGACGAGAUCAAGGCCGCCCUCAAGGAGGCCUCCGAGGGUCCCCUCAAGGGCAUUCUCGGCUACACCGAGGACGAGAUCGUCUCCAGCGAUCUCAACGGCAACCCCAACUCCUCCAUCUUCGACGCCAAGGCCGGUAUCUCGCUCAACAAGAACUUUGUCAAGCUUGUCAGCUGGUACGAUAACGAGUGGGGCUACUCCCGCCGUGUCCUGGACCUCCUGGCCUACGUCGCCAAGGCCGAUGGCAGCAACUAG